AUGGAAAGUUUAACAGAAGAUACUGUUUGCCUUUUAAAAAAACGUGUAUACGAUAUGUCUGGCAUAUUUAAUACAAAUUUAAAAGUAUUUUUAAAUGAAUAAGCCAUAAAAAUCAAAUCUUUUAGUCAUUAUAUUAAUAUGUUCCUUCCUGAAGUUGAUGAAAGUCUAAAAAUUUACGAUAAAGAAAUGAAAACAGACCGCUGGGAAAUUCUAUUGACUUUUUCUGAUGGAGUUUUUAAACAAGUUUCCUUUGUGAACGCUAUUUGUACGUCUAGAGGGGGUAAACACGUGGAUUAUAUAGUGGAUAAAAUAGUAGAGAGGAUAUAAGAAUAAAUUUAAAAGAAAAAUAAAGAUUUAGAUAUUAAACCUUAUUAAAUUAAAUCCCAUAUUUUUCUUUUUGUCAAUGCACUUAUUGUUAAUCCGACUUUCGAUUCAUAAACUAAGGAAACUUUGACCACUAAGGCUUCUUAAUUUGGAUCUAAACCUGAAAUUUCAGAAAAAUUUAUCAAAGCGAUUCUUAAAACAGGGAUAGUUGAAUAGAUUGUUAACUAGGCGAAGGCAAGGGAAAAUUCAAAACUUUAAAAAACAUUAAAAGGAGGAAAAAAAGCUAGAAUUACGGGUAUUCCUAAAUUAGACGAUGCUAAUGAUGCAGGAACGGCUAGAAGUGAAAAUUGUACAUUAAUUUUAACGGAAGGAGAUUCAGCUAAAGCAUUAGCUAUGGCUGGAAUUGAAGUUGUAGGAAGAGAUAACUUUGGGGUAUUUCCAUUGAGGGGAAAAUUACUUAAUGUUAGGGAAGCACCGAAAAAAUAAAUCAUGGAUAAUUAGGAAAUUUAAAAUUUGUGUAAAAUUAUGGGACUUGAUCCUUCAAAAACUAAUUAUGAAAAUACGAAAUCCUUAAGAUAUGGAUCAAUAAUGAUAAUGACUGAUUAAGAUUCCGACGGUUCUCAUAUAAAAGGUUUAUUGAUAAACUUUAUACAUUAUUUUUGGCCUUCACUUUUUAGAAUGAAUGGUUUUUUAAAAGAGUUUGUAACUCCUAUUAUAAAAGCUACAAAAGGGAAUGAGAUUCAUUCUUUUUUUACAAUACAAGACUUUAAAAACUUCGCUACAUAAUAAGGAAAUAGACUAAAAUAAUAUAAAGUUAAAUACUACAAAGGGUUGGGAACAUCCACUGACAAAGAGGCUAAAGAAUAUUUUUCUAAUGUAUAUGAUCAUUAAAUAAAAUUUCUUUAUGAAGACGAUGAAGACUUUUAGAGAAUAGAAUUGGGCUUUUCGAGAAAAAAAAUUUAAGAAAGAAAAGAUUGGCUAGCAAUUUAUAAUCCAAACUUAUUUGUUGAUUAUAAUAUUAAGUAGUUGAGAUUUAAAGAUUUUAUUGAUAAAGAGCUUAUACAUUUUUCAAAUUCAGAUAAUUUGAGAUCUAUACCGAGUGUUGUAGAUGGAUUAAAACCAGGUUAAAGGAAAAUUCUUUUUGCUUGCUUUAAAAGAAAUUUAAAAAAUGAAAUUAAAGUUGCUCAAUUAUAAGGUUAUGUAGCAGAGCAUUCAGCUUAUCAUCAUGGUGAAUAAUCAUUAGCUUAAACAAUAAUAAAUAUGGCUUAAAAUUUUGUAGGAGCUAAUAACAUUAGCUUAUUAGAACCUAUCGGAUAGUUUGGUACAAGAAAUCAAGGAGGAAAAGAACAUGCUUCUUCAAGAUAUAUAUUUACCAACCUAUCGCCAAUUACUCGAUUAAUUUUCCCUGAACCAGAUGAUCAUUCACUUAAAUAUUUAGAAGAUGAUAGCUAAUUGGUAGAACCUGAGUGGUAUAUACCUAUUAUUCCUUUAUGCUUAGUUAAUGGAAGUGAAGGUAUAGGAACAGGGUGGUCGACUAAUAUUCCUAAUUAUAAUCAUAGAGAAAUUGUAGAAUAGAUUAGGAAUAGACUAGAUGGUAAACCUUUUACUUAAAUUCAUCCUUGGUAUAAAGGGUUUUAGGGAACUAUUGAAAUUAGUAAUAAAGGUGGUUAUAUUACAAAAGGAAAAUGGGAUAUAGAUGAAGAAGAGGAAACUAUUAGAAUUACCGAACUUCCAGUUGGUAAAUGGACUAAAGAUUAUAAAAAUUAUUUAGAAGAGUUAAUUAAUCCAGCUAAAGAUUAACCAGAUUUAGAAGAUAUUAGAGAAUAUCACACGAAUAAUAGGGUUGAUUUCUAAGUUUAGUGUGUAAAAGGGAAAAUGUAAAGUUGGGAUAUUGAGAAGAAGUUUAAGUUGUCUAAUACUUUUUAAAUUACCAAUAUGGUACUUUUUGACAAAGAACAUAAGCUUAAAAGAUAUGGAGGAACAGAAGAAAUUUUAGAAUAUUUUUAUGGGAUUAGAUUGGAGUUAUAUGAAAAGAGGAAAAUUUAUUUGUUAAGUAAGUUAUAAAGAGAUAUGGAUAUUCUUACUAAUAAAAUGAGGUUUAUUAAUUAUGUUGUUAAUGGAGAGUUAGAAUUGAGAAAUGUUAAAAGAAAAAUUCUUAUAUAAAAAAUGGCUUAACUAAAAUUAUUGCCUAUGAAAAAGAAAAUGAAGAAAUUAAUAGAAUUAAUGAUAAAUCAAGAUGAAGAAGACAAAGAUUAAUUUGAAGAUCCAAAUGACUAUUAAGCAAAUGAAUAUAAUUAUUUAUUAGUUAUGCCUAUUUAUUCUUUAACUGAAGAAAAAGUAGAAUAAUUAAAAAAAUAGGUAUAUGAUAAAGAACAGGAGCUUAUUUUAUUAUAAAAAAAGACAUCAAAGAUAUAUGGAAAGAAGAUUUAGAUUAAUUUAUUAAAGUUAUUGAAUAAAUAGAAGAAUUAGAAGAAAAGAUAGAUUAGAUUCUAAAGGAGCAAUAUAAGGUGGUAAAAAAAAGUAAAGAAGAAUCAAAGGAGGAGAUAAAGGAGCAGAUAAAUAAGCGGAAAAAAAAUCUGAGAAAAUAAAGUAAAAAUAAAAAGAAAAUGAUUAAGAAAAAGAAAAUUAUAAUAAAAAUACUGUUAGUGUUAAUUCAAAAGAAAGUGAAGAAAUUU